AUGACUCUGCUAGUGAAUUUCUUAAAGAAACUGAAGAAUGAGCAGGUAACACUGGAGUUGAAGAAUGGAACCACGGUAUGGGGCACGCUGCAGUCGGUGUCAUCGCAGAUGAACGUUACUGUUACGGACGUGGUGUUAUCGCUUCCGAAGUCUCAAUCAGGGAAGGUCUCUGGUGGUCCAGGUGCGCUGGCCUCAGUUUACUUGGUCAACAACGCACAACCGGACAAAGCCAACAAUGAUGACGGUAGUGUUUCUUUGCAAUAUAUGAACAUUAGAGGCAACACGAUUAGACAGAUUAUACUCCCGGACUCGCUGAACUUGGAUUCUUUGCUUGUGGAUGAAGCUCAGGUGAAGAGACUGAAGAAAGCCAGUGCAAAGCCUAGCGAAACCAAUUAUAGAAAGAGAAGAAACGAGUUCAGUGGUAACACAGCCAAGAGAAUAAAAAGAGGUGUUUGA